AUGUCUUCUGCCGUCGCUGCCGCUGCUGCUCCGAGUGAAAUCCCUGGCUCCACCAAAGAUACCAGUGCCCCAAGUGUUCAGAACAAUGACGCACCGGUUGCCACCAAUCCUCCAGCCGAACCCACUCCAGCCGGAGCACCCGCUGCCGCUCCGGCCGCCGCCGCUGCUGCUCCCGCCCCUGCAGCCCCCGUCCCGAACGCCUCAGUCCCCUCGUCAAUCGCCACGGCUACCCCCAACGCCAGCCCUGCUAGCCAACCUAACACCUCGCUCUAUGUUGGUGAGCUGGACCCAACAGUCACCGAAGCGAUGUUGUACGAGAUCUUCAGCAUGAUCGGACCGGUUGCCAGCAUCCGAGUCUGCCGUGAUGCAGUCACCCGUCGUUCGUUGGGCUAUGCCUACGUCAACUACCUCAAUGCUGCCGAUGCCGAACGUGCGCUCGAGCAGCUCAAUUACUCACUGAUCAAAAACAAGGCUUGUCGGAUCAUGUGGUCGCAGCGUGACCCGUCCUUGCGCAAGACUGGUCAAGGCAACAUCUUCAUCAAGAACCUUGACGAGACGAUCGACAACAAGGCCCUGCAUGACACCUUUGCUGCCUUCGGCGACAUUCUCUCCUGCAAGGUUGCCACCGACGAGCAUGGUGCCUCGAAGGGCUACGGCUUCGUUCACUACGUGACCGGAGAAUCUGCCGAGGCAGCAAUCAAGGGCGUCAACGGCAUGCAACUGAACGACAAGGUGGUUUUCGUUGGUAUCCACGUUCCUCGAAGGGACAGACAGGCGAAGAUCGAUGAAGUCCGAUCGCAAUUCACCAACCUCUACAUCAAAAACUUGCCCACCGAAACCACCACCGAAGAGCUCAACGAGGUCUUUGGCAAAUUCGGUCCGAUCACUUCGGCUGCUGUCCAGUCGGACGAACACGGCAAGCACCGUGGCUUUGGUUUCGUCAACUACGAAAACCACGAAUCUGCGAGCAAGGCCGUCGACGCCUUGCACGACAAGGAUUACAAGGGCAAUGUCCUGUACGUCGCAAGGGCCCAGAAGCGGACAGAGCGGGAUGCAGAGCUCAAGAAGGCCCACGAACAGCAAAAGUACGAGACGACUCUGAAAUAUCAAGGCGUGAAUCUUUACGUCAAAAAUCUUGAUGACGAAUACGACGACGAGAAGUUACAGAACGAGUUUACGCCCUUCGGCACGAUCACAUCCUGCAAGGUUAUGAAAGACGACAAAGGAACCUCCAAAGGUUUCGGCUUCGUGUGUUUCUCUUCGCCCGAUGAGGCCACCAAAGCUGUGGCCGAAAUGAACGGCAAGAUGUUGGGCUCCAAGCCCUUGUAUGUAUCGCUAGCUCAGCGAAAAGAAGUCAGGAAGCAACAGUUGGAAGCCCAAAUGUCGCAGCGCUCACAGAUGCGCAGCCAGCAAAUUGCCGCUGCUGGUAUCCCUGGUGCUCCUUACGGUGCGCCACCGAACCCGAUGUACUUUGGAGGUGCGGCUGCUUACCCACCACACGGUGGCCGAGGGAUGAUGUACCCGCCGAACGGAAUGCCCGGCGGAAUGCCACCUCGACCUCGCUAUGCACCCCCAGGACAAAUGGCCCCGAUGGGCAUGCCCGGCGGCACACCAUACCCACCUCAUCCGCAAGACUACCCGGGCUACCCUGUCGGCGGGCCGGUGCCUCCGGUGGGCGGCAUGCGAGGUAUACCCGGCCCUCCAGCCCAUCUCAGUGGCCCUAACCCGCCCAACUUCCGCGGCGCUAACGGCGGGCCCAUGCCUCCCAUGAACGGCCGCGGUCCCGCUCCCGGAUCCAAUGGCCCUGGCCCCAUGCGUGGCGCUCCCCAAGGCCGCGAGGGCUAUCCUCCUUCGGCUCUCUCCGGCCGCGCCGUCAGUCACCGGGUCUCAGAUCUCGCGCCUGUCGGCCUGAGUCCCGCCGCUUUGGCCAAGGCUAGUCCCGCCGAACAAAAACAAAUGCUCGGUGAAGCUCUGUACCCGCAGAUCGCCGAGAAGCAGCCGGAGAAGGCCGGAAAGAUCACCGGCAUGAUCCUCGAAAUCGAGAACGCCGAGCUCAUCCAUCUGCUCGAGAACCGGCCGGCAUUGGACGCCAAGGUGCAGGAAGCCGUCCAAGUCUUGGACGAGUAUGAACGCAAGGACGCCAAAGGCGAAUUCUAA